CCGUCAACCCGUCAGCCCAAUUCUACACCGUGCUCGUCUCUGUUCUGUUGGCCAGCCGUCAGCCCGUCACCGACCCCGCCGGCAUGGCGCUCCUGGAACUGCUCUCGCGCCUGCGCCUCGCACCUCUCCACCAUCACCUCCGCCGCUCUCUCUCCGCGGCCGCCCCUCCACCACACGAGCCGCCCCCUCCCCAUCAUGCCCCACCGUCACAGCCGGCCUCCAACAAGCACAAGCUCUUCGUCGCCGGGCUCUCGUGGUCCGCGGACGAGCGGUCGCUGACGGACGCCUUCUCCUCCUUCGGCACCGUCACCGAAGUGAGAAUAAUGUAUGACAAAAACUCUGGAAGGUCAAGAGGCUUUGGUUUUGUCCAGUUCUCAAAUAAUUAUGAGGCUAAGUGUGCCAAGGACGCUAUGGAUGGAAAGGUAAUGCUGGGGCGGGCAUUACGAAUAAGUUUUGCUCUUGACAAAGUUCGUGGUGGUCCAGUUAUUGUUCCACGACUUCCCACGCAGGCGAAACAAGACGACUAAAAGAACUUUGACCGUGGCACGGACAUACCAGGAGGCUAAAGAAGGAUCCGUAGGCCAGGGUUCUGAACCUUCCCAAGUAGGCGUCGGAGAUGAAGGCGCCUAGUAACGGCGCAAAGUUGAGCGUACCGUAGAAAAUGUUGGUGAUGUUUGCUGCCGCGAGCUUCCCAAUGUUGUAGCGGUUGACAAGAUAGACCGUGAGAUUUGCUGCCACCCCAACUGACCCCACCUUCUCAAAUGUCUCGGUUGCUGCA